UGUCGGGCUCUGCAAUGCAGAAAGCGAGAGUUGUUGCGUGUGAUCUUGCAAGUGACAGUGACACCAGGCGAGUCUGUCGGAUUCGUGACUGAUCCGGACUUGGAGGGGGAGAGAAAGAGAGAGAGAGAGGGAAAAAAAGAGAGGAGGGGGGGACAGACGGAAAAGAAACAAACAAGUAACAAUGUAACUUACAUGCAGUCACACACCCCUUUUUCUUGUAACAAUGUGUACGUUUUUAAGGAGGGAGGGGGCGCGCAGAGGGAGAAAGAGAGACGGAGAGAGAUAGAGAAAGGAGGAGGGGGUGCGUUCUGAAAUAAUAUAGUCAGCCAUUUUUAUGUAAGGGGAUUUUUUCUUAUUGGGGGGGUUGUUAAAAAAUAAAUAUAAGAGGGCGGCCAUCUUUGUUGCUCUGCCUAGUGUAAAAUAUUCCAAAACGCCCCCCACUUUUUCUGUGCCGAUUUGAAUAUUAAAUAAAUAUCACAUAAUCGGGGCAAGAAUACGCUUUUUUUUAAUACGAGGACGGAUCCAAUGACGGGAAUAUAAUGUCCUCUCCUCUCCGGUCCUGUGAGGAAGACGAGGGCAUGGUGGUUAAUUCCGAGGGAGGAGAUUUUGAUGAAGAAGACGACGACGGAGACCUAGACGAGAACGCAAGCGACAUAAACUCGCCGGCGGCGCCUCGGGAAACUGCAACGGCAGCCGCGCCAGACGAAGAGGCAGAGAUAUCAGACAGAGAAGUCCCAUGCAGGAAGAAAGGCCGGCCGAAGAAGAAGAAGGACGCAAAGAAAAAAGACAAAGAGGGGAAACCUGCUAAAGCGAAAAAGCGCAAGAAGAUUGACAGUGAUGUAGAGAGAGACUCGGACAGAGAACGGGACUACGGCGAGAACUCAGACAGCGUAGCCAGCGACUAUGGCUCUGGUGAGAAAAAGAAAAAGAAGAAACAUAAAGAAAGGAAAGAGAAGAAAACCAAGAAGAAGAAAAAAGACGACGGGGACCGAGACAGCAGUCAGGAGGAAACAACAAAGCAACCGAUAGAGCAGAAGACGUCUGCACAGCUGGCAAAGGAGUGGGGUCUGGAGGAUGUUGAUCAUACCUUCACAGAGGAGGACUACAGGGAACUCACCAACUACAAAGCCUUCAGCCAGUUUAUGAGGCCGAUGAUCGCCAAGAAGAACCCGAAGAUCCCCAUGUCAAAGAUGAUGACCAUCCUGGGGGCCAAGUGGAGGGAGUUCAGCUCCAACAACCCCUUCAAAGGCAACGCUGCUGCUGUCGCGGCAGCCGCUGCCGCCGCCGCCAUCGCUGUUGCCGAGCAGGUCUCUGCAGCGACCGCAUCGCCCGAGCCGCCACCUCAGCCGCCACCAAUUAGAAAGGCAAAGACAAAAGAGGGCAAAGGUCCAGGCUAUAAGAAACGCAGUAAAAGUCCUCGAGUUCCAGACAAGAAGAAGGCUUCAGCGGUGGCUAAGGCUAAAAAGAUGGCACCCAUUCGUAUUAAACUGUCGCCUAUAGGUGCCAAGAGGAAGAAGAGCUGCUCAAGCGAGGACAUGGACGAGGAUGAGUCUGAGCAAGAGGACUCCAGCGUUCACAGCUCCUCGGUUCGCUCUGACAGCUCUGGUCGAGUGAAGAAGAACAAGCGAGGACGGCCUGCCAAGAAGAAGAAGAAAAUACCAGGUGAGGAGGAAGGAGACGGUUAUGAGACCGAUCAUCAGGACUACUGCGAGGUUUGUCAGCAGGGGGGAGAGAUCAUACUGUGCGACACUUGUCCUCGAGCGUACCACCUCGUCUGCCUCGAGCCUGAGCUAGACAAGGCUCCCGAGGGCAAGUGGAGCUGCCCCCACUGCGAGAAAGAGGGAAUCCAGUGGGAGGCAAAAGAUGAAGAAUUUGAGGAUUUUGAGGAGGACAGCGAGGACAGAGUGAUAUCGGAGGUCAGCGUCGGGGUCCCAACCGGGGCGGACGAGGAAGACGACGACCACAUGGAGUUCUGUCGGGUGUGCAAAGAUGGAGGUGAACUGUUGUGCUGUGACACCUGCACAUCCUCCUACCACAUCCACUGUCUAAACCCGCCUCUGCCAGAGAUCCCCAACGGAGAGUGGCUGUGUCCACGCUGCACGUGUCCGCCAAUCAAAGGACGUGUGCAGAAGAUCCUCCACUGGCGAUGGGGCGAGCCUCCACCUCCCAUUCCUGUUCCACCCGCUCCUGAUGCCCCACCUGAUGCCCCACCACCUCCACCUAUGAAGGGCAGAGCUGAGAGAGAGUUUUUCGUCAAGCUGACUGGGCAGUCCUACUGGCACUGUACCUGGAUCACUGAGCUGCAGCUGGAGAUCUUCCACUCAGUGAUGUACAGAAACUACCAGAGGAAGACGGACAUGGAUGAGCCUCCCAGCCUGGAUUACGGCUCAGGUGCAGAGGACGAGAACGGAGUGGGGAAGAGCGAGAAGAGGAGGGCCAAAGACCCCCAGUAUGCCAUCCUGGAGGAUAAAUACUACAAAUACGGCAUCAAACCCGAGUGGAUGAUGAUUCACCGCAUCAUCAACCACAGUGUGGAUAAGAAGGGGACGUACCACUACCUGGUCAAGUGGAGAGAUCUGACUUAUGACCAGUGUACCUGGGAGAGGGACGACCUGGAGAUCCCUGACUUUGGGAUUUACAAGGCCAGCUACUGGAGACACAGAGACAAUAUAAUGAAGGAAGAUCCAGAUAAAGCCAAGAAGAUAAGGAGCAAGAACUCAGAGGGUGAAGAUGAAUCUCCUGCUUCACCGGUUACUGAUCCCACGAUAAAAUACGAGGAGCAGCCAGACUUCGUCACAUCAACUGGUGGUACUCUGCAUCUGUACCAGCUGGAGGGUCUGAACUGGCUACGGUUUUCCUGGGCUCAGGGCACUGACACUAUCCUGGCAGAUGAGAUGGGUCUAGGCAAGACCAUCCAGACCAUCGUCUUCCUCUAUUCACUUUUUAAAGAGGGUCACACUAAGGGUCCUUUCCUGGUCAGCGCUCCCCUCUCCACCAUCAUCAACUGGGAGAGGGAGUUUGAGAUGUGGGCACCCGACUUCUACGUGGUCACUUAUACAGGGGACAAGGACAGUCGAGCCAUCAUCAGAGAAAACGAGUUCUCGUUUGACGACACGGCCGUCAAAGGAGGAAAGAAGGCCUUUAAACUGAGGCGAGAGGCUCCGAUUAAAUUCCACGUUCUGCUGACCUCCUACGAGUUGGUGACCAUCGACCAGACGGCGCUGAAGUCGAUCGACUGGGCAUGUUUGGUGGUGGAUGAAGCUCACCGCCUUAAGAACAACCAGUCCAAGUUUUUCAGGCGUCUCAAUGACUAUAAAAUCGACCACAAGCUGCUGCUGACAGGAACUCCACUGCAGAACAACCUGGAGGAGCUGUUUCACCUGCUCAACUUCCUCACACCCAACCGCUUCAAUAACCUUGAAGGCUUUCUGGAAGAGUUUGCUGACAUCUCCAAAGAGGACCAGAUCAAGAAACUCCACGACCUGCUGGGCCCUCACAUGCUGCGGCGGCUGAAGGCCGAUGUCUUCAAGAACAUGCCUGCCAAGACCGAGCUGAUUGUCAGAGUGGAGCUGAGCCCUAUGCAGAAGAAAUACUACAAGCUAAUUCUGACCAAGAACUUUGAGGCCCUGAACUCAAAAGGCGGAGGAAAUCAGGUCUCCCUGCUCAACAUCAUGAUGGACCUGAAGAAGUGCUGCAACCACCCCUACCUCUUCCCUGUCGCCUCCAUGGAAGCUCAGAAAACACCCAGCGGCGCUUACGAGGGAUCGGCCCUCACUAAAGCCUCCGGGAAGCUGAUGCUGUUGCAGAAGAUGCUGAGAAAACUGAAAGAGCAGGGUCACCGAGUGCUGGUCUUCUCACAGAUGACUAAAAUGCUGGACUUAUUAGAAGAUUUCCUCGACUACGAAGGUUACAAGUAUGAGAGAAUUGAUGGAGGCAUCACAGGAGCACUGAGGCAAGAGGCCAUCGAUCGCUUCAACGCUCCUGGUGCUUGUCAGUUUUGUUUCUUGCUCUCCACCCGAGCGGGAGGUUUAGGAAUCAACUUGGCCACGGCAGACACCGUCGUCAUCUUCGACUCCGACUGGAAUCCUCACAACGACAUUCAGGCAUUCAGUCGAGCUCACCGUAUCGGACAAGCCAAUAAAGUGAUGAUUUAUCGUUUUGUGACACGAGCCAGCGUGGAGGAGCGCAUCACCCAGGUGGCCAAGAGAAAGAUGAUGCUAACCCACCUAGUAGUCCGGCCAGGUUUGGGAUCCAAGGCUGGCUCCAUGUCCAAGCAGGAGCUGGACGACAUCCUGAAGUUUGGGACAGAAGAGCUCUUCAAGGACGAGGGAGAAGGUAUGAAGAACAGCGCGGGCGAAAAAGUUGAGGACGAGGGCAGCGUCAUCCACUACGACACCACUGCCAUCGAGAGGCUGCUGGACCGAAGCCAAGACGCCACGGAUGACUCGGACGUCCAGAACAUGAACGAGUACCUCAGCUCCUUUAAAGUGGCCCAGUACAUGGUCCGAGAGGAGGAUAAGAUCGAGGAGAUCGAGCGGGAGAUCAUCAAGCAGGAGGAGAACGUGGACCCCGAUUAUUGGGAGAAACUGCUGCGGCAUCACUACGAGCAGCAGCAAGAGGAUCUGGCGAGCAAACUGGGUAAAGGCAAGAGGAACCGCAAGCCUGUCAACUACAACGACGCUGCGCAGGAAGACCAAGAGUGGCAUGCUGACAUUUCAGAUAACCAGUCCGAGUAUUCAGUGGGCUCCGAGGAGGAGGAUGAGGACUUUGAUGAUCGGCCAGAAGGUCGAAGGCAGUCACGUCGCCAGUUGAGGAACGAGAAGGAUAAACCUCUGCCUCCUCUCCUGGCCAGAGUGGGAGGCAACCUUGAGGUGCUGGGCUUCAACACACGCCAGCGCAAAGCCUUCCUGAAUGCAGUGAUGCGCUGGGGGAUGCCAUCUCAGGACGCUUUCUCCUCUCAGUGGCUUGUUCGAGACCUCAGGGGCAAGACUGAGAAAGAAUUCAAAGCUUACGUGUCUCUCUUUAUGCGUCACCUGUGCGAGCCGGUUGCUGACGGGGCCGAGACGUUCGCCGAUGGUGUCCCAAGAGAGGGCUUGUGUCGUCAGCCGGUGCUCACGCGCAUCGGUGUCAUGUCGCUUGUCAAGAAGAAGAUCCAGGAGUUUGAACACAUUAACGGUCGGUGGAGUCUUCCAGAGCUCAAACCUGAGGUCAGCAUAGACAAAUCCUCCUCCAGGGCCUCCUCUCCUGCUGUGAAGACCGCCACUCCCACCCCUGAUGCCAGCUACAACAACACACCAUGCACCUCCAAGCCAGCCACCCCUGCUCCAUCAGAGAAGCUGGAAAAGAACGGGAAGGAGGUAGAGAAGGAGGAGGACAAGGAGGAGGCUGAGGCCACGUUGGAAAAAGAGAAGGCAAAGGAGAAAGACAAGGAGAAGGAUGAAGGGAAGGAGGCAGAGGGCAACAAGACGGGAGACCCUGAAGAGCUUUCUUCCUCAACAAAAGAAGCCUCACAAAACGCAUCUCCUGACGGCAAAGAAGAGAGUGACCCGAAGGACGACGAGAAGAAAGAAACGACUGACGCUCCAGCUGCCACAACAGAGGAGAAAAAAGAAAAAGAGGAGAGUAAAGAGGAGACAAAACACACAUCUAAGCAUGACACUGAUGUCAAAGAGGAGAAAUCGGAAGGAGAGAAGGCAGGGGAGGAGAAAGAAAAACGGGAGGAAACAGCGGCAGCCACAGAAGCAAUAGAUGUCAAAGAUAAGGCCGAGGUGGCGGAUUUGAAGAAAGAAGAAGUCAAAGGUGAAAAGGAUGUUGUGAAAGACGUCAAAGCAGCGAAGGAGGAGGCUCCUAAGGGUAACGGGAAGCCUCCGGUUGAGCGACCUCGCUUCAUGUUCAACAUCGCAGAUGGCGGCUUCACUGAGCUGCACACACUCUGGCAGAACGAGGAGCGGGCUGCCAUCUCCUCGGGGAAGAUGAACGAGAUCUGGCACCGCCGACACGACUUCUGGCUGCUGGCGGGAAUCGUGAUUCACGGCUACGCUCGAUGGCAGGACAUUCAGAAUGAUCCCCAGUUCGCCAUCGUCAACGAGCCUUUCAAGUCGCAGGCGAAUAAAGGCAACUUCCUGGAGAUGAAGAACAAGUUCCUGGCUCGACGCUUUAAGCUGUUGGAGCAGGCGCUGGUCAUAGAGGAGCAGUUGCGGCGGGCAGCUUACCUAAACAUGACCCAGGACCCGAGCCACCCGGCCAUGGCGCUCAACGCUCGCUUUGCAGAGGUGGAGUGUCUGGCAGAGUCGCACCAGCACCUCAGCAAGGAGUCUCUGGCAGGCAACAAGCCAGCCAACGCUGUCCUGCACAAAGUGUUGAACCAGCUGGAGGAGCUGCUGAGCGACAUGAAGGCCGACGUAACUCGGCUACCGGCCACACUGUCCAGAGUCCCACCCAUUGCCGCCCGGCUGCAAAUGUCCGAGAGGAGCAUCCUCAGCCGACUGGCCAGCAAGGGCACGGAAACGCACACGCCCCCGCCCAUACCUCCAGGACCCUACGCCACCCCUCAGAACUACGGAGCCCCCUUCACCCCCGCCCCCCCGAGCGCCCUACACCUAGGAGGGGCCAACUACAGUCAGAUGCCGCCCGGAUCCUUCAUAUCAGAAGCCGCCGCCGCUGCUGGGGCCACCGGGGGAGCUGCAGGUGGAGCCACCGGAGGGCCAACCGCCGCCGGUGUUUGCCAGAAGACCAAGGAGCACGAUGUGGUGCAGCGGCAGCGAGUGGUGGACCUGUGGAAGGAUGGUAAGUCAGAGGGGGCCAUUGGGCAGGAGCUGAGGAUGCCCAAGUCCACGGUGCACAGCAUCAUCGUCAAGUACCGGCUCAGCAACACGGUGGAGAACCUGCCGCGCAACGGGCGACCAAAGAAACCCUGAGGGAGAAGGAAACUCAGGAGGGGAUUGAAGAGAGGACAAAAAAAAUCCUGGAAUGUAACAAAAAAUGGAGACUGAAAAAAAAGGACAGUGCAAUCUUAAAAAGAGACGAAAACCUGAAUGCAUGUGAAGGACUCCAAAAAGGACUCAAGGACGGAGCACUUUGACACUGCUGGAAUGUGAGGAAUAAAAAGGGAGAGGAAAAGCUCAGUGGAAGCGUCGAAUAAGGAUGGGAGGCAGCAGAAAAGGAGAGGACAUGAAAUGUGAAACGGAAAAUAGAGGCGGCACUUUGAUCCACAAAAGAAAGAAAGCAAUCAACCGCUGAAAGAGCGGGUCCAAAAUAAGAAGGGAGAGGUGAAAAGCUGGGCCUGAGAUCAAGCGGUAAUGAUGCUUGGGAGUUGGGAUGAGGCAGAGACAAAAGAGAGAUUACUUAUGUGAAAAAGGUGCUACUGAAAAAACCCUCCAAAAAUCUGACUGAAAGUCUGGACUGAAGACAAAUGGAAAAAGACAGUAUGUUAAUGCAAUCAGGUUUUUAGGAUUUCAGAUAUGAAGGCUGAAUCGAAGAAAAAAAUGCAACAAAGGAGGAGUUUUUUUUUUUAUAUACCUCCUUAUACAGAUUUCAUAAGACUUCUUUUUCUGUUUCUCCCUCCGAGACGAAAAAGAUUUCCCCCCAGAUCAAUCCUUCAUCCGCCGGCUGACUGAACAAGCCUGUCCCCUCAGUCUGACCCUGUACUCCCUCAUUCCUCCACAGUCCUCCACUCCUCCGUAUCUCUUUGUCAGUCUCGCACACACACACUUAUACACACCGUGGACCUCACACACAACCUGAAAACCUGCAAAGAACUUAAUUUAUCUGCUGAGUACGGGCAAAUGAAACUUAAAAUAGAGUGGGACAAGCUGGACCCAGAUUAUUUUGCAAAAAAUAAAAAUUAAAAAAAAGGAAAGAAAGAAAAAGAUGGAAAAAAAGAGUUUUCUAAGUAUAAAGCUCUGCUUCCCAUGGACUCUCUUGCCCUAGCAUUCCUGAGUCCAACCAAGCAUAGAAGCAAGAACCAGAGAUAUAUAUAAAAAAAGAAACGUGAGAAACUGCCUUUGUCCAACGGUCAGUAGCAACAUUGCUGGAACCCAAUCUGAUGGACUGCUAUUGAGACAUGUACUGUAUUACAAAGCAUAUUUACUAUUGCACCUUUUUUGUGGGUGGGGUGGGGGGUCACUUAAAGGGGAAUAUCACUCUAAUGAAGUAUUUACAUUUCCUGUUUUUAAGCCUCAUCGCAGCAAUGAUCAGGAUUUAUGAGCAGCUCUUCCCCAAAGAUUUAGACUGCGAUCUGUCACCGAAAGAAACCGAGAGACUCGCUUUGAAGCCCGAAGAAACUUUUUUUUUUUUUUGUUCUUCGAGCUUCUUUAUUGUGACAGCGUGAUUGAUUCCACGGCGGAAAAUGUCCCCUGAUCCCUGAGAAAAUAAAACACUCUGGACUGUGUCAUCGUUUUUCCAGCUCGGUGUGUGUGCAGUCGAGCUGUACAUCAGUGCGACAUCCCAGCCAGGAGGAACUCUUCAGCUUCUUUUGUGGAAGGAAGAAAAAUGAAUUAUCAAUUGCAGUCCAAACUCUUGCGGGAUUCUGAGUAUUUUUAAGCUACAACUUGAGUGGUAUUUCCCUUUAAGUUUAAAGGACUUAAAGACCACAGAAGUGUAGUAGCGGUGUGGCCUGCAAUGAGAAUAUGCUGUGUGUGUGUGAAUGUGUUUUUGUGCAUGGUAGUGCUGUCAUUUUUAUCAAAGCUAGUUAAAACUUUCAAUAUUGGUGUCAGUGUGAUACCAGAGAUUCCAAAACAACACUUUUUGGAUACUUUGCUUGCAGGAAAAUGUUUUUCUACAACACGUUUUUUUUCUAUUUCACAAAAUAGACUAAACUUCUCACAUACUUCAGGAUGAACACAAAGCGUUUUGUCUAAAUAAAAUGUUCUAAAAUUAGCAAAAUUAAAUCUUAAAUCUGCACUUAUUGUUAUUUUUAUAUUAACAUUGGAUACAGUGUUUAUGCUUAAUGUGAAAGGUGUAGCCUGUGGUGACAAAGCUGCAGAAAUGAUCACCAAACUCUGCACUUCCUGUUACAUUGAGGGUUUUACGGUCUUUUAGCUCUUUGUGUUGAUUUUACAGCCUGCAACUUUAUUUUAUUUUUACUGCAUGAUUUCAAGCUGCAGGCAGCUUUCUCUGGCAGCUGGUGAAGAUGGUGGAGCACCAAAAUGGAGCAAAGAAAAUUACGCGUUUUACUCUCUUGCUGCUGUCUGCUGGAUAUGUAAAUACGCAGCUAGCAUGGUAGACUAUCAGCGUUUUAAAGCUAUUAUUUGUCAGUGUUGGGUUGUGCUCAAAAUCAAUGAAGGUUUAAUCCCAAAGUCAGCAUUUUUUCAUUCAGUAUUCAUCACCUAACAGUUUCCUAUCCUCACAUUUCAUGCAGUAUUCCCAAAUGCAUGCACGCCCACACAGAAGAGCACAGACCUGAAUACAAAUCUCUUAACACUGAAAUCCUUAAUCAAUGAUUUUUGACUCCAGCUGAAACAUUUCCAACUUUUUCGGCCGAUUGUGAAACUCUUUCAGCUCAAGGAUUUAUGAAACUCUUUUCUCCGCUGCACCGGCCCAACAAGCCUGGGCUUUCUUAUUUCCUGAAAAGUUGACAGGACAGAGACACAGAGUUGUUCUUCAUGAAAGGUUCUGGCAUAAACGCACUCACGCGAAGCUUUUGAAAUGCUGCACUCCUUGCCAAGAUGGCAGCAUUCGCUUCUGUCGGAUAGUAGGCAGGACCUACAGGGGAGAGACGCAGACUGACAUGUUGGCCAGGAAUGUUUUUUAUUGCCUUUUUGGACUUCAGGAGCUCCGUCCAGCAGUCCAGAGUCGGAGGCCUCGGGAGAAGAAUAAAACAUGUGAAGCUUAAGAAUUCUCACGUGUCCUUUUGUGAGCUUUUAGGUUUAUCAUAUUUUUUACUGUAACUACAAAUAUCACUGCCAACCUAAUUUGGGACAGGAAAACGUUUAUUUAACAAUGUCUGCUGCUACUGUAAAGCUUCAGGCACACUAGUGUGAGCGAGAGAGUAUGAAAAGAGGGGAAAGAAGAGGAGGAGGAGGAGUUUGGAUGGACAGAGGUGAAGUAUUACAGAGUGACUUUGGCAGCAGAGAGAACAGAAAGAAUCUGUUAUCUGGUGUAAUACAAGUGCUUCCUUGAAUUCUUUCUUCUGUUUUAACUUCAUGGCUUCUUUACCUUAUAUGCCUUUUCGGUAGAGCCCAGCUGAUACUGUGGUUUUGCGAGGCCAAAACUUGUAUUUAAAGUCCUUUAUUUUUGGAUUCCAGUCCCAGCUGACUUGCCAAUACUUACUGGCAGUUACUACAGUGAACUGCAGCUAAUGGAUCUGUUUACAGUGCAGCCAAACAAACCCACAUUUUAACCAAGAACUUGGUCGGUAAUAAAGCUGAUCCGCUCCCAGGCAGACGGUGUGGAAAUGACUGUUUUGCUUUGUGAGACACUUUUUGAUGAACAUUUUGCAGUUUGUGCUAAACUCAGUGAGAAGUACAUUUCGUUUGACUGCUUCACAAUAAAAGCUGCACCAUAUUUCACCAGUCGAAAUGGUUUUUAAUGUGAAAGGGCACCAGCUGGCUAUGUUGGGUUGUAGUUGGGAUGAGGAGAGUUGGCAGUGAGUUGGAAGUUCUCAAGUAGAUAAGACAAAUGUUUUUAAUUUUUACUUGUAAAUUCCUGAUGCUUAAAUUAAAUCCAGUGCUGUAAUGGCUAAUUAAAUACAUUGAGUUACUAAACAAAUCAAAUGGUAGCAAAAGCAGGGUUUGUUGUAUCAAAAUCUAAAGGAUUUUGACUUUAAGUGACCAAAAAAAUGUAAUUUUAUCAUUCAAAUAAAUGCAUAAGAGGCAUUUCUGAAAUGCAUUCCUCUGCUUUGUUUUUUAAAAACUUGAAGAAGAAACUUGUCAGCACAUUUUGCUUGAUAAAUUAUCUUGGGCAUUUCUGUGUCUUUGGUGAAAUAUCAAUUUUUUUUCCCCUUCAAGACUAUUUUUCUUGGUCUCUCUGUUGCGUGUCGCUGUCUUGUGCUUUUGUUACCGCCCUCAAUUUCUCUUGCUCUUUCACCCAGUCUUUACCUCGAUUUGUUUUGCUUCUUAUCAGAUUUUUUUCUGC